AUGCAGCCAAUUUUCCAUGGGGUAGAGACGGCAGAGGACACGAUUUUUUGGAAACAUUACAUCAACCGUCUCAGCAACGUCCUAACAGUUGAAGGCGAAGCGAAAAAUGCCUUCAAAGACAUCAUCUUGCAACUUGCAAAUCAGCAUCAGGGGCUGAUGCACUCUAUCCUGUCUGUAAGCAGCAAGCACAUCGACCUAGACUCACCAUACGGAGCAAAAACACUCCAAGACAAUCCUGCCGCUACCCCAAAGUCUCUGCAACAGAGAGGCGACUAUCACCACGACGAGGCAUUGAGGAGACUUUACGAAGACAUGGAGAACCCUCUGCCCAAGGAGGACCCAGCACAUGACACAGUCCUUGCUGCUCGAUACGGACAAAUACUCUGUCUGCUUCUGCAAACGAGAGCUGAGGGAAACCCUAGAGGCGAGCAUCGGGUCCAUCUGCAAGCAUACCAGACCCUGAUACAACACUCCCCGCCGGCAAACCACACAUUUCAUACGUUUAUAACCGAGUUCUUUCAGUAUCACAUAUACGCCGACGACCUUUUAUGGCACUCCGGGGCCAACUCAAGCCGUCUGUCAUCAGACUCGUGGGGGUCUCCCGCGCAGAUUCACCCACCUCGGCUGAUCGGGGUCGGAGACGGGCUGUUCCGUUGCCUUUCACAAAUCACGACGCUGCGGAAUGUCAUCAGAGAAAACGUGGCCGCGUCAAUAGACCCCGUCGUCGACUACACUAGCCUGUAUCGUGCGGCCGAGAUUGAUGCGGCCAUUAGAGAGUGGACUCCUCAAUGGCCCCUUGGAGACAGCCGCCACAGGGUUGGACCGCUGUACAAGCAAAUGAUGUGGGUGUACCUCUUCCGGACAAUAUAUCCGCCAUCAUCGACACGUUCUACUUUUAUUCCAUUGCCUGGCACUUCACCACAGCAAAACGCGGGCCACUUGCAACGGCGAGCCUCCAUGGUUGCCAGUGUUGGCUCGUCGACGAGCUCGUCGGCGAUAUUGUCCAACUUGACAUCACUGGCAGGCUCCUGUACGGCACAAAGCUGCCCGUCCUCACGGAACCCCUCGCGCACGAGCUCAAUGCAUGAGCAGGACACACGCCCACCUGCCGGUGCGGAGCGCCAGGAUGUCCAUAAACAAUCGUCCCCUCCGCCAGCAAGAAGGCCGGCACAGGACGAUGGUCGGAUUACUCUGGCCGUGGAAGAAUCCCUGGCUAUUCUUGAAUCCUUCAAGCCGUGUGAUCCGGCUCAAACGCUUCUGUUGAUACCUUGCACUGUGAUCGGCACUGCUUGCUUCGACGCUACCCAACGCGGGCGAAUUCGAGCGGCGGUCAAAGUUAUUCGUGGAUACACAGGGCUACGAAACUCUGACCGCGUCAUGGAGCUGCUGGAAGAAGUCUGGUCUCUAAUGGAUCAGGGUGACUGGGUUUCCGUAUGGGAUUGGCAAUUCGUUGCAAAGAGACUUGGGCUCGAUUUCCUCUGUGCCUGA